AUGGAUGAAUAUUGGAAGAGAAGUGGCCAAAUACCAGCUUUUGGGAACUGGGAUUUUGCAAAUGAGUUGCCAAUAACUCAGUAUUUCGAGAAUGCAAGACAAGCUGGUUUGAUUCGUUAUAGUUCUUCCUCCGGUGAAACUGAUCCAUACUUGUGUGGAGACGAUCACGACCUCUAUGCCGUUGAUUCAAAGAAACCAGCUCCAAAGCAGGCGAGGAGAAUAAAAGAUACAAGGUACACCAAUGCAAUGGUUAAUGAUAAACAAACAAGAGUAAGAAAACAGUGGAAAGUGUACGAUGUAACCGAACAUCCCAGGAACCAGACAGUGAAUAAGAACAAGGUGUUACAUGUAAACGACGUCGUUAGUAGUGGCCAUCAUCAGUUAGCUUCAAAACAAGAUCCAAAACCAGUUGAUGAAGAUCUGUAUAAGAUCUCCCCUGAACUUCUUCGUACAACCAAACGGAAAAAAAUGCUGGGUUUCAUUUCCAAGUGCCUGGUUCCUGCUGCAUGCGUUUCAUGA